GGAAGAAGAGGUGCCGAGGCCGGGCACAGCAUGUUGCCGAAGCACACCUGAGUGUGCAGGGGUCUCCAAGCAGGACAUCCGAGAACGGAUCUGGGACUACAUGGAGUCCCAGAAUUUAGCUGACUUUCCCCGUCCUGUCCAUCACAGGAUCCCCAACUUCAAGGGGUCUUAUCUGGCUUGCCAAAGCAUCAAAGACCUGGACGCCUAUGCCAGGGCACAGGAAGUGAAAGUGGACCCCGAUAAGCCACUGGAGGGCGCUCGGCUUCUGGCACUUCAGAGCGGAAAAACAUUGCUGGUCCCUACGCCACGACUGAGGACUGGAUUGUUUAAUAAGAUCACCCCACCUCCUGGGGCCACUACAGCCGUGCUGAGGAAAUGUGCCACCUCUCAGGGUGUGCGGGACUUCAGCGUCCCCAUCGGCUUAGACUCCAGCGUCCGCGUGGACCUCCUUGUGGUGGGCUCUGUGGCCGUCUCUGAGAAAGGCUGGAGGAUUGGGAAGGGCGAAGGCUAUGCCGAUCUUGAGUACGCCAUGAUGGUGUCGAUGGGUGCCGUGUGCGAGGACACGCCCGUGGUCACCGUGGUCCACGACUGCCAGGUCACAGACAUCCCCGAGUCCCUGCUUGAGGACCACGACCUCUCCGUGGAUUACAUCCUCACUCCCACCCGGGUCAUCGCCACGGGCUGUGUGCGCCCGAAGCCAGUGGGAAUCACAUGGUCCAAGAUCACCAGUGAGAUGCUGGGGAAAAUCCCAGUACUUAGAAGCCUCCGGGACCAGGAGAGGCGCGCGGGGAAGGAAGUCUCCAUUCAGGCUGAAGCCCAGCCCCUGCCGGGGCCCUGCAGCAAGCACCCGGCCCCACGGAGCAGUGCUGGAAGACCCCACGAUGUGCCUCAGCCGGGCACAGGUGCUCUGGGAGCGGCCUGCGGCCCCCCGCAGGAGGAGGACAGCCCCCCGGCUGCCACCGUGUGCGUGGGGAACCUGCCUCCCGGUGCCCGCGUGAGGGACCUGAAGCAGGCGCUGCGGGAGCUCCAGGCGGCGCCCCAGCGGCUGGUCUGGCAGGGUGAGCAGCGCAGGGCCCUGCUGCAGUACCGGCACGCAGCCGCCGCCCAGCGGGCCGCCGCCGCCCUGCAGGGCCUGCGCCUGGGCUCCGGCGCCCUAACUGUGUCGCCGGCCAGCCCACACAGGCCCACAGGGCCUGGAGGGCAGCCCGGCAGCUAGAGCAGAGCCAGGCUCACCGCAGCCCGCA